GGAUUUAUAGUGCGCAUGCUCAGUCCCACGUGUUUCCCCGGUGCUGAUCAGAGGUGUGCGGGAGGCCCGGGUGCUGUGCGAUCCGUACGACAUGUUAUCGUUCUCUGUCCGCCGCUUGGCUCAGCCUUUGCGGAGAUGCUGCCAUGUUCGGGCCCAGCACACUCGAUCAGCAUCCCAAGUUGGGAACCAGUUAUGGAAUGGACAGGAGAGUCUGGCAGACAACGACCCAGAAAUGUGGGACCUUGUGCAAAAGGAGAAGGACAGGCAAUGUCGCGGACUGGAGAUGAUUGCUUCAGAGAAUUUUUGUAGCCGUGCAGCUCUGGAGAGGCCCCUUGGAUCCUGUCUGAACAACAAGUAUUCUGAGGGCUAUCCUGGAAAAAGGUAUUAUGGAGGCGCUGAGGUUGUGGAUCAGAUAGAGUUGUUGUGCCAGCAGCGUGCUUUGGAUGCCUUCAGACUGGACCCAGGGAAAUGGGGAGUUAAUGUGCAGCCAUAUUCUGGUUCCCCAGCUAACUUUGCAGCAUACACAGCCCUCCUGCAGCCACACGACCGCCUCAUGGGGCUGGAUCUUCCUGAUGGAGGACAUCUAACACACGGGUACAUGUCUGAUGUGAAACGUAUCUCAGCUACCUCAAUUUACUUUGAAUCCAUGCCUUACAAGCUUAAUCCAGGAACUGGGUUAAUUGACUAUGACCAACUAGAGGUGACCGCUCGUCUCUUCCGACCAAAACUCAUUAUUGCUGGGACCAGUGCAUAUGCGCGACUGAUAGAUUAUGCCAGGAUGAGAAAGGUGUGUGAUGAGGUGAAGGCCUACCUCCUGGCAGAUAUGGCCCACAUCAGUGGGCUGGUAGCAGCUGGUGUCAUUCCGUCACCUUUUGAUCAUGCUGAUGUGGUCACAACGACGACGCACAAGACUCUACGGGGGGCCAGAUCUGGACUUAUAUUUUACCGAAAAGGUGUCAAGUCUGUUGAUAAGAAAACUGGAAAAGACGUACUUUACAACUUUGAAGACAAAAUCAACUUUGCAGUUUUCCCUUCAAUUCAGGGAGGGCCGCACAAUCAUGCAAUUGCAGCUGUGGCAAUAGCUUUAAAGCAGGCUAAUUCUCCAAUGUUCCAUGAAUAUGCACUGCAGGUCCUAAAAAAUGCUAAGGCAAUGGCGUCUUCCCUACUUAAGAAGGGGUACACACUUGUCUCAGGAGGAACAGAUAACCACCUUGUGCUAGUAGACCUCCGGCCUAAAGGUAUGGAUGGAGCACGAGCGGAGAGGGUACUUGAGCUUGCAUCUAUAACUGCUAACAAGAACACAUGCCCUGGGGAUAAGAGUGCUCUGACUCCUGGAGGCCUGCGACUAGGUGCCCCCGCACUUACAUCCCGCAAUUUUAGAGAGACCGACUUUGAGAAAGUGGUUGACUUUAUUGAUGAAGGCAUUCAGAUUGGGCUUUAUGUGAAGAGCAAAACAUCCAAACUCCAAGAUUUUAAGAAUUUUCUCCUAGAGGACAAGGAGACGGUACAGAAAAUUGCAGAUCUCCGUCAGCGUGUAGAGAAGUUUGCUCGUGUCUUCCCCAUGCCAGGAUUUGAUGAGCGCUAGAAGUAGAUAGACGCUGAGAAGAAAGCUGCUCCAUUUUGCCCUAUGCAAUCUUUCUCUUGUCCAUUCUUUUUUGUUUUUCAUUAUUAAAGCAUUCCUUCAUACUUACUUUUCCUGCGUUUUUGUGGCGCAGCUUACUUCCAACAUUACCUCCCUAAAGGUGACCAUGAUUACAGUCUGAUUUCCACUCUCUCCUUUAGGUCAUAUAUUGUCCUCAUAUUACAUAGUUUUGGUAAUUCUAAAGGAGGUUGUACAAUCAGAUUGGCAUUUGGUCAGUUUAAUGCUAUUAAACAACUGUGGAUUCUACGAACGUAGCAACGGCUGUGAAGGUUUUAACAUUUGUAGACUGUUAAUAAAAGCAAUAACGCCCA